CCUCUGGACUGUGUAAGCUCGUGCACAAGUGAAUGCUCAUGCACGUGAGAGAGGUGGGGACCACUGUGCCCUGAGCCCCACACUCCACAGUGACCCACUCAGUGAACAGCAGCACUUCUACAAAACUGCACAAGACUUUACAGGUCAUUAUGAAGUGGCUAGUCUGGCUGAGUGUUCUCCUUUGUGUCUUCGUCUGCUACUUCAGUGAGGCCAGAAUUAUUGUCCCAGAAGGAGUGCCCUAUGAUGAGGCUCCUGCUGUUCCCUACUGGCCCUAUUCCACCUCAGACUUCUGGAACUACGUGGAGUACUUCAAAUCAAUCGGUGCCUAUGACCGCAUUAACGAGAUGGCCCGCGCCUUUUUCGCCCAGCAGCACCUGGGGGACACCCUUGGAUACGAGACCAACGAGGGAUAUGAGCACUAGGAAGCAAUGCAACUUGUCAUGAAAGAACAAGAACAAAUCUAUAUAGUUGUCACCGAGAG